AUGCUGAAUCCGUGCAGGGGGCGCCUAGUCGAGGUGCAGGGGCGGUGCGUCGAUGCUGCUUGGCACCUUGUUCGCUACUAUCGAGCGGAUAUGCAGCUGGUACUCGAGCUUCCCUUGAAGCACCACCAUCUCCUCGAUGACAUCCGCCUCGUGCACCUUGUCACCUCUGCGAGCCCCAACGCCGGUUUGCUGGUUUCCAAGGAGCUGGCAAACGGCCGCGAAUUGUCUCUCGACGUGGCGUGCACGUUGCUUUCCGUCCCUUGCGCACCUGACGUCCUUCGUGCUAUUUUAGUCUGCACACUCCGCACGCACACGGGCCCUGUUGACGCGCAGCACUUUCAGCGGUGCGCGCACGCAUUGCUCAGUAACGACAACUUCUUCAGCGAGCGAACUUUUGCCCUUAUGCACAGCCUGCUUCACGACGUCUUGUUGCCGUCAUUGCGUGGUGGCGCUGCCCGCAGCGGCUCCUUCGACUUUGUCUCUGUGCGCUGGACGACGCUAAUGAACAAGUGGUCUCGCGUGUACGCGAAGUCCGGGCGGGGCUUUGACCUUCACGAUUGCCUAGAGGCGCUCCUGCAGGCCGUGCCUGCUGCCGAGACAAAAUUACCUGUCUCGUUCUACGUACGACUGCUCGGCGCCGUCCUUGAUGCAACAGCGGCCGCGGAGUCUCAGCAGGCGACAAAAGCUGGUUGGGAGCGAAUGAAGACGGUGGCCAGCGACGCCCUCCGCCUCUUUGGGCGCAACCCGGAGGAUCUGCGCGCUGUUUGGGUGUUGCUUCUGAAAGGAGCACUGACACUUCCUCCUGCACAGGAGGACCAUCGACGCCUUCUCGAGGCCUAUCACCUGUGCGCUCAGCAUGGCCAUGCAGCGGCGGUGGACCGACAGAGUUUUUUGCAGGUAAUCCGACACGUCGCCACCGCGGUGAGCGCGUUGCCUCACCCCGAAGUUAUUCAGUUGGUGGGCGACUUCUGUACUUUCAUGCAGGAACAGACGUCCAUUAGUUUUCUGUGGCUUCUGGACGGGGUCGGCACGGUACUGACGGAGCUCUGGCGGCAGCACCGACUAGAAGCACAAGGAGAAGCGGAGCAGCUGCUGCGCGUGAUGAAGGCGCUACUGCGCGAGCGGCAUGUGAGUGGGGUCCAGCUGCACAGCAAUCCCGUCAUUGCUCGCGCUCUGGACCACUUCCAACUCGGCAGCGCACCCGCCUACUGGUGGAUAUGCGGGUGCGGGGAGGUGAUUCCUUGCACUUCCAAGCGCUGCACAUCGUGCCUGCGGCAGUCAGCAGCAUCGUGGGUUUGCCAGAAGUGCCGCGCCAUACACCACGCACCGUGCAAAGCGCAGUCCUGCUCGUGCGGCUGGCCUAACCCCCGCCUGGCCGCCUCCAUCAACGCUAACGUUUCCAUCUGCGCCAAGUGCGGACUCGUCACGGACGAAGGCUGUGUCUGCGCCCGUUGCAAGCAGCAGCGUCAGGAAGGUGAGAGCACAGUGACGUGCGCCCACUGCCACGCCACAUACAGCGGCAACGGGCUGCAUUGCCCUCAGUGCUUUACGCCCAACCCGGACAAGCCGCUGUACCUGUGGCACUGCGUGGACUGCGACGACUUCAACUACUCCAUUUGGUCUUCAUGUCGCUCCUGCAAAACGCCAAGGCGGACCGGUGCGCUGUGGGUAUCGUUUGUGCCGUGGAAAUGCGGCUGCAGCGCCCUUAACCACCCGUGCCGCCUUACAUGCGGGGGGUGCGGCACCGGGGCACACCACCACAAGUACACAUGUGCCGGCUGCGAUGCACGCAUCUCCCUUCAUUCACUGCGUCGUGUUCUGCUCACCGUGGAUGGGAGAGCGCUUUCCCUGCACCUCUGCCCGAAGUGCCAGUGCCCCCACCCCCGCGACGAUCUCGUGCUCUACUCGCCGUCCUUUUCCCGCCACUGCAUGCUGUGCGCGCACACGGUGAAGCCCUCCAGCAUCUCUACGAGCGGCUCCUUUUUCCACUGUAAUGCAGUGCAGCGCAUGAAUGAGCACUACGUGUUCCGUUGCAGCCACUGCGACCACACAGGGCUGCAGACAGGGUACCACUGCCAGCGGUGCCAUUUCCCUCGUCCAGAGGUGGAAGCGCUGCUGCGGGACGAGGCUGGUGCCGCACCACUCAACCACGUCUGGCGCUGCCUUCAUGAGGCAGAGGACGCUGCACCGUGUGGCCAAUGGAACUACGGCUGGUGCGCGCACUGUCUCUCUUGCGGGAGGGGGCGUCCUGACUCGGCCUGCGAGUGCCGCGCCAAGGCACAGAUGUGGACGUGUGAAACGUGCGGGAAGCCAAAUCGACCUAUCGACGUUCUCUUUUGCUUUCACUGCAAGAGAGGGCUUCAGCCUGUGCUAGCGUGCUCCACGUGUGGACUGCCGCACUUGUCCUACGCCUGUCGCGUGCUCCUUUGA